CAAAGCCUAAUUAAUUUGUUAGAUUCUAUACUGUUUACUCAUAACCCCACUUGGAAUGAUUGUCAGCAGCUAUUGCAGGUUUUGUUCACUACUGAAGAAAAAGAAAGGAUCUUGACCGAGGCCAGGAAAAAUGUGCCAGGGGAUAAUGGGCAGUCGACAACGCUUCAGAAUUUAAUUGAUGCUGGGUUCCCGUUAUCUCAUCCCAGUUGGAAUUUUGAGCCUCCAGAAGGUAGGGAGCAUCUCCAAAAGUACCGCCAGAUUCUAAUGGCCGGUCUCUGAGCGGCGGCAAGGAAGCCGACUAAUUUGGCCAAGGUAAACUUAGGCAGGCAGGGGCCGACAGAGAGCCCUGCAGCAUAUCUAGAGAGGUUGAUGGAAGCGUUUAGAUUGUAUAUUCCCAUGGACCCGCAAGCUGAUGAGAGUAGAGCGGCAGUGGUCUUAUCCUUUGUAAACCAAGCAGCCCCUGAUAUCAGAAGAAAUCUUCAGAAGAUAGAUAGAUUAGGUGAGCAGACCCUACAGGACUUAAUGAAAGUAGCAGAAAAGGUGUAUAAUACUAGAGAAACCCCAGAAGAAAUGGAGGAAAGAAUACAGAGGGAGGAAAGGGAAUUCCAAGCUAAAGAAAAUUAACAAAAUCAGAAGGAGUUAGCAAAGAUCUUCUUUGCUGGAGCUCAGGGAGACAUAGGGAAAGGGAGAGGAAGGAGACCAGACCAACAUGACAGGCCCGGCUGAGACCCACCCCUGGCCCUGAACCAAUGUGCAUUUUGCAAAGGGACUGGCCACUGGAAGAAUGAAUGCCCAAAGAAAGAGAACAAAAAAUGUGAAAAGCCUGCUCCUGUUAGAACAUUGGUGGCAGGUGAAGAUAGCGACUAGGGGAGACAGGACUCAGUACCCCUCCCUGAGUCUUGGGUAACCUUGAAGGUGGAGGAGAAUCCAGUAGAGUUCCUGGUAGAUACAGGGGCUCAGUACUCCAUCCUCAAUAAGAAGGAGGGAAAGAUUUCUUCAAAAACCAGCCUGGUCCAGGGGGCAACAGGGGCAAAGUGGUAUCAUUGGACAACACAGCGACAAGUGAAUCUGAGAACUAAGCAAGUGUCCCAUUCAUUCUUAGUUGUACCCGACUGUCCUGCACCACUGUUAGGAAGAGACUUAUUAUCCAAAGCCCAAGCCCAUAUAUUCUUUCACAAAAACAGUGUCCAGGUUACCGAUGGGGAAGGCUCCCAUCUACAGGUCCUGAUGGUCACCUUACACGACGAAUACCACUUGUAUAAAGGUGUAGAAGACCAAUACACAGGUUUAACGGAUAUGGCUCUGUGGCUGGAAGAGUUUCCCCAAGCCUGGGCAGAAACUGGAGGAAUUGGAUUGGUGAAACACUGACCACCCAUUAUUGUGGACUUAAAACCCUCUGCCAUUCCGGUAAGAGUCCGACAGUAUCCCAUGCCCAGGGAAGCCCAGGAAGGCAUACAACCCCAUAUCCAGCAGCUAUUAUGGGAAGGGGUAUUAAAGAGGUGUCGGUCUGCAUGGAAUACACCUCUCCUCCCAGUAAAGAAACCAGGGGGAGAGUACCGACUGGUGCAGGAUCUGAGAGAGGUAAAUCAUCGAGUUGAAGACAUACAUCCCACAGUCCCUAACCCUUACACGCUACUCAGCAAUCUUCCCCCAGAUCAUGUGUGGUAUACUACCCUGGACUUGAAGGAUGCUUUCUUUAGCUUGCCCCUAGCCCCACAGAGCCGACUUUUUGCCUUCAAAUGGGUUGAUGAAGUGGAUAAAAUUCUCGGCCAGCUGAGCUGGACAAGGUUGGUCCAAGUGUUCAAGCACUCGGCCACUUUAUUUAACAAAGCCUUGAGUGACAACUUACGUGAGUACUGAGGUCAAAACCCACAAAUAACUUUACUACAAUAUGUAGAUGACUUGUUAAUAGCAGCCCCCGACUGGGCAGGGUGUCUCGAAGCAACCAGAAAACUACUCACCACUCUGGGAGAGAUGGGAUAUCGAGCUAGUGCCAAGAAAGCUCAGAUAGCUAAGCCAGAAGUCACAUAUUUGGGGUAUAAGUUAAGAGCUGGGCAGAGGUGGUUCGCUGAAGCCAUGAAACAGACGAUCCUACAGAUUCCCCGACCCACAAGCCCAAGGAAGAUGAGAGAAUUUCUAGGAACAGUAGGUUAUUGCUGGCUGUGGAUUUUAGAUUUUGCCACAAAAGCGAAGUCACACUAUGAGCUCAGCAGGGAAGGGUCGGAGUGGGACUGGACUCCUGAGAGGGACUCAGCUUUUAAAGAACUUAAGGAAGCACUCCUUAAAGCCCCAGCAUUAACAUUACCCGACCCCACUAAACCAUUUCAUCUGUUUGUUAAUGAGAAAAAAGGAAUAGCCAAGGGGGUCCUAAUACAACAACAGGGGCCAUGGAAGAGGCCAGUAGCAUACCUCUCAAAGAAAUUGGAUCUAGUAGCAGCAGGAUGGCCACCUUGCUUGAGAAUUAUUGCUGCCACCGCUCUGCUAGUUAAAGAUGCAGAUAAGUUAACCCAUGGACAGACUUUGAAAGUAACCACUCCCCAUGCCAUUGAAGGAGUGCUCAAACAGCCUCCGGGGAAAUGGAUAACCAAUGCCAGAUUAACUCAUUAUCAGAGUCUAUUACUUGACACUCCAAGGAUGCAAUUCUUAGCCCCAGCAGUUUUAAACCCCACCACCCUGCUGCCUAACCCGGACCUAGAUAAACCUCUGCACGACUGCUCAGAGACACCCGCAGAAGUAAAUAUGGUCAGAAAGGACUUGCAAGACUGCCCUUUUGAAAACAGUGACUUCAUCUGGUUCACGGAUGGAAGCAGUUUCAUACAGGAUGGACUAAGGUAUGUGGGAGCCACGGUGGUAAACAACCAGGAGGAGAUUAUUUGGGCCGACUCUUUACUGCCAGGAACUUCCGCUCAGAAAGCUGAACUUAUUGCCCUGGUGGAGGCAUUGGAAAGAGUGGAGUGA